AUGUCACAAUCCUUAGCAACAAAAGCAAGAAGCUGGUCUGUCACAGCAGAGCGGCAACUGCAACAUCAACAACAACAGAUUAAACCGCCAGCUAUAAACAACAUUACUUUGCAGCAGUUUAUGACUGCGUUAAACUCCCACAGCAACCACAAAUUCUUCAACAAGUUAUUAUCAAUCCAACACCAGCCGCGAUUCAGUUCCCGGUGCAAAAUAAUUUUGUUUCUAAUGCUACAGCUUAUCAACAACAGUACUGUAGAAACUCCAAAGGCAGCUGUUUUGUUGCAACAACAGCAGCAACUCUUGCAACAACAGCAAUUACUACAACAAGAACUUCAACAACAACAGCAACAAUUGUUGCAACAAAAACAACCUGUUUCACAACAAACCUCUGUGAUUCAGCCUUAUACACCGGUUAUUCAACAGUAA